AUAUAAAGUCAUAUCUCUUAAGCACAGUGUUGUUAAUUAGGGUUGAGGUCUGCUUUUAUUUUCAGUGCUAGUCUGAUAUUCACUUAACAAUAACCAAUUUUUUUCUCCCCCUUGCAGUCAUGGAUGAAUGGGUGAGCAACCUAACUUUAUCACUCAGUUCUAUAUUCCACCAAGAGGAUGUAAUCAAGCGAGUGGUGGAGGUGAUUAAAGACCUUGGAGUAAGUUCCGCUGAGGACCUUAAGUAUUUGGAGGCAGAUGACCUCGCAGGAGUCCUUAGGCCAAUAGAGAUCCGAAAAGUAAUUUCCCACCUUAAAUCGAUGGGAAUGUUGAAUGAUUCCUCCUCACAAGCUACUACACUAAUUGAGGAGUCAAGCACUGGUGAAGAUUCAUUUGUUAGUGACAUUGAUGAUUAUGUCACCAGCAAUAACUCAACACUAAAAACCACUCCUGCAAGGAGCUCAGCUUUGGUCAUGUCAAAGAGCAGUCAAGCAUCACCCAUUAUGCCAAGUCCAGCCUCACCCAGUGUUUCAAGUCCAGCCUCACCCAGUGUUUCAAAUCAAGCCUCACCCAGUGUGUCAUGUCGAGAAUCAUUUUCUGCAUCAGAGAGUGGGUCCUCCCCUUUAGUCAGGGAAAAUAAUAGCUGGCAUUACAGUUUUCACAUACCCUGGAGUAAGUUGGCCCCAAGUGCAAGACAACUAUUAGAAAAUAACCAGAGGCCAUCUGCAGCAGAAAGAAGGGAGAUUGUCAGGGUUGUGGUGGGUGAAGUUCUAAGCGUGUGCAAGAAGCCAGGCAAGCGGCACAUUGCGGAAAUUGCAAGGCAAAUGGUGAUUCGAUACCCAAAAUCAUUCCGAGAUGAAAUCGAGGGCCAGGUUGUUGGCACUGGUUAUGACUCCCUUGUCAAACAAUUAAUGUCUCGUAUUGAUAAUUUUAGAAGACUUCAAACUCCCACCAAUAAAAGGGUAUCUGAAAGUGGCAGGCCUGAGAACGUAAAGAAAGGGCGUAAAGAUGCUUAUGGCUGCAUUAACCCUGACCCAGAGCUUCCUAGUAGUGAAACAAAACAAUUGCAAGAUCAAAAACAAGAAGAGCUAAUCAACAUGUUCAAAAACAAAGAUAAAGAUGAAAAGAGAGUUGAAAAACUGAUGGUGGAGACGUUUCCCUCACAGAGAAGAGACUUAUUAUCAGGACUGAAGGAGACCAAAGAGAUCUUUAAGGUGUGGCCUUUCCUCUACCAGGAAAUUGGAAUGAGGCUUCAUUUCAGAGAACUAACAGGCAUCCAGAUUGAUGACACCUUUGAAGAGUCCACAGGUUCCAAGAUCCGGAGAAUCCUGCGGUACUUUCAGUUCGUCCAAACUGAUCCAUCAAGCAGAGUUGGCACUGUUCUUAACCAAACUCUGGAAGGAGGUGAUGACACUUGUGCAGCUGUUCAGAUGCUGCUAGCUCAUUUCAAAGAGCAACAAGAGAAAAUGUUUGUAAUUGUCGAUGACACUGCCAUUGCAAGCGAUGUUGACACCACAAAGCUUCCAUGGAACCCCUGCAUUGUGGUUUGUGGAAACAACCCACUUACUGCCAAGAUGUUCAUGGUUGCAGUGGACCAGUUCAUAGUCAACGGUCAGGUUCCCAGCUUCAACAAAGCAUUCCAGAUGAUGUUCUGCUCAUAUUACCUGCACAACAUUGACUAUCCAGUAGAAAUUGCAGCUACGCUGGAGUUCUUACAGAGAUGCAUCUUCAAAAUUAACCCUGAUCAAGGGACCAAAGUCACACGCAAAGAAAGGGGACGCCAGUACGCCAUCAACCCGAGAGUGUUGAGCCUCAUUUCCAAAAUUGCAAAUUUUGAGUGGACAGAGUAA